AUGUCUGGUUCCUUACUAGGCAAUGCAAACUCUUCUGCUUUCAGGAUGGGGAAUCGUGCUUUCCUGCCCAAUGCAAGAAUUGGGGGACAACAAUUUCAUUCUAUAGGAUCUGAAUCCACUUCUGGGCAGUCACCUUUGCGACAACGCUCUCCCUCGCCACCAAGUAUUGACCACACUUGUCUAAUGGAAAAUUUUGAUAAACAAGACCAUCCUCGCACUCGUAAAACAUCUCAUUUUUCGACAGGUAUGCAAAGCCAAUAUAUUGAAGAUUCUUCACCCACCCUUUCUCCUAAUAUUCAGGUUGGAGACUUGCAAAGAUUAUCACAGGUAAAAGACUUGCGGGGUCCAUUACCUUCAGCAAGUUUUCAGUCAAGGUAUCAACAACAACUGAGGUCUGCUCACACUGAAGUAAAUAUUAAGAAUGAGAAGCCACCAUCUGAUGCAGGGUCUGAAGUAUCGGCUGAGCUUGAGUUUCUUAACCAACAUAAUCUUAUCUUGAGUAUGGAGAAUAAAGCACUCAAAACAACGUUUAGAAAGUUUAGCAUAGGAGCAGCUUAUCAAAUACUUGGAGCAGGAAGUACUGGAAAGAGAGAUUGGAAGAUUACGUGGCACAUAUCAACAACUAGCACCAAUGACUCAACAGUCAAUAUUACCUCCACGGAAGCAAUUGAUGCUACAUAUUCAAUUUCAGCCUGCACAAUUGCCACAGCUAAUGAGUUUUCAACAUCAACCAAAUCGUUUGCAACAAAUCACACAAUCACAAGUUUCUCAUAG